AUGGUCACAAACAUCCAAGACCGGACAGCUGAAUUCAAGGCUGUUCUAGCGCAGGCGCAGAAAAAGCAGAGUUCGACGAGGGUUGGGGCUCAAAGGCAAUCGCUCCUCACCGAAUCACAAAGGCAUGCUGCCAAUGGAUCUCCAGUCGGAGAUAUCAAGGGAAGAAAGAGGGCGAGACGUUCUGAAUUCGCACGAAGAGCCGCAGAAAUCGGAAAAGGCAUCACGGCGACGAUGGAGAAGCUAGGCAGACUUGCUGAGUUGGCCAAGCGAAAGUCCCUUUUUGAUGACCGACCUGUCGAGAUCAAUGAACUUACAUAUGUUAUAAAGCAAGACUUUAACAGUGCUGAGCAGGAAGGAGAGCAUAACAAGAAUGUUGUCGUUCUUUUGCAAGGCAAAUUGGCCGAUGUGGGAGUCAAUUUCAAGGAGGUCCUUGAAGUCCGAACGAAAAAUCUUCAAGCUUCACGGUCAAGAACGGAAAAUUUUGUAUCCUCGGUAUCUGCACAUUCUCAGCAGUUAAACUCCCAACAAUCUGCUUCACCACUUUACAACACCCCGACCAAAUCUCGAACACCCCAACCGGGAUACCAAAACACAAAUCAGGAUAUCUUGAACCUCGAUCCAGCCGCCCCAUCAACGAUGAUGGCGGGUGGGUCACAAUCAAAUCAACAGAUAAUGAUGAUGGAAGAGGCGCAGCCGGCAAAUACCUACAUCAACAUGAGAGGAGAAGCGAUAGAUAUGAUAGAACGAACGAUCAAUGAGCUUGGAGGUGUUUUCGGUCAACUAGCGGCAAUGGUAUCUGAACAAGGGGAGCAAAUACAACGUAUAGAUGCCAACACCGAGGACGUGGUCGACAACGUGCAGGGCGCUCAACGAGAACUUAUGAAGUAUUGGUCGAGAGUUCAGGGUAAUCGCUGGCUUGUUGCGAAGAUGUUUGGGGUUUUGAUGAUUUUCUUCCUGCUAUGGGUCUUAAUCGCAGGGUAG